GCCGCCUGAGGGAACCGCCGCUGCCCCAUGGCCUCCCCGGCGGCGGCGGGGCCCGGCGCCGCGCUACCCCCGGGCCCGGCGCGCCGCGACUUCUACUGGCUGCGCUCCUUCAUCGCCGGAGGUGGGUGCGGGCUUUCCGCAGCGCGACGCCCCGGCCGGCUCUGCCCGGCGCCGGGCCCGACCUGCGGGCCGGCUGGGGCAGGGCCGCUUCUGCGUCAGGGUUCCGUUACGCUCCUCCCGGGGCAACGUGACCUCAGGAAGCAUGGGAUUUUUAAAAAUUAUUGCUAUUUUCGCCUCUGACGUGCUUAACUUCUUACAGGCGGGUGGCUCGCGUGCGUUUUGGAAUCGGUGAGGCCGGCGUAGCUGCCGGCUGUGUGUGCAAAGGCCCCGACCCGCCGUUGUGACGCCCGGGCAGCCCGCUUAUCGGUGCCCCGAGAGCUGGCGGCUGUCAGGCUGCGGUGGUGCGAAGGAAGCCAAGCCAACGCCAAACCACGCCGCCAGCCCUUGCAGCAGAAGCACGUCGCGUUCUCCCCGCGGGGUGUUGUUCCAGUGCCUUGUAAUGUGGCAAGGAGGUGUUGCAGGAUGCUGUGCCAAAACAACCACUGCACCACUGGAUCGAGUGAAGAUCUUGCUGCAGGCUCAUAACCACCAUUACAAACAUCUAGGAGUGUUUUCUACGUUGUGUGCUGUCCCCAAAAAGGAAGGUUACCUUGGGCUGUAUAAAGGAAAUGGGGCAAUGAUGAUUAGAAUCUUUCCGUAUGGUGCAAUUCAAUUUAUGGCGUUUGACCAAUACAAAAAGGUAAUAAAGAAACACCUUGGGAUUUCAGGGCACGUGCAUCGAUUGAUGGCUGGAUCCAUGGCAGGUAUUACAGCAGUGAUUUGUACUUACCCUCUUGAUAUGGUUAGAGUUCGUCUGGCAUUCCAAGUAAAAGGGGAACACAAGUACAUGGGAAUUAUCCAUGCAUUCAAGAUGAUUUACACAAAGGAAGGUGGUUUUAGUGGGUUCUACAGAGGGCUGAUGCCAACUAUUGUAGGAAUGGCUCCAUAUGCGGGUUUUUCUUUUUUUACCUUUGGUACCUUAAAGAGCAUUGGACUUGCUCAAGCACCUAACUUGCUUGGACGGCCUUCCUUAGAUAAUCCCGAUGUCUUAGUUUUGAAAACACACAUAAAUCUGCUGUGUGGUGGCAUAGCUGGAGCAAUAGCUCAGACGAUAUCAUAUCCCCUUGAUGUAACUCGCAGGCGAAUGCAGUUAGGAGCAGUUCUCCCAGACUCUGAAAAGUGCCUUACAAUGGUGCAGACACUGAAAUAUGUGUAUCAACAACAUGGAAUACGAAGAGGAUUGUACCGUGGUCUAUCACUGAAUUAUAUUCGUUGUAUCCCUUCCCAGGCUGUGGCUUUUACCACGUAUGAACUUAUGAAACAAUUCUUGCGCCUCAACUGAACUUUUUAAAGCUUUAAUGUAAAAGUUAUAUUGGUGAAUAAAUUACUUGAAGUUAAGUAUAUAUGAUACUGUGGCACUGCUGUUAUCGGACAACUUAAUUUUAUUUGCCAAAAUGUGGUUAAUUUCCUGGAGUCAAAAUAGGAGGCAGAUCAUAACAAGCAUUAGUUAGCAAUAAACAUUUUUUGCACUUAAUGUUAUAGGCUUCAUUAGAUAAAGGUUAAGAAUUGCACAGUUUUAAAAUUACACCCACAUUUUCUACAGGUUUCAAGCUGUUAGUUGUUUGGCUUUAUCACCGCUCCAGGAGUUAAACACAAGAUUAUAUUGCUUUCUAAGCUACUAGUUAGACAUCUGUUCUUCCUUAACAUUUAAAUUGAUUAAACUUAUUUGAAUAAAAUAGAACAAUUUUCUUCUUUGACUACUUGCCAACUCUGUUGAAGCUGAACUCUGUAGACCACAACUUAAUCAUCUUUACUUUUUGCCUUUUGUACAAGUUUUCUGUAUGCUAAGAACAAAGCAUGUAUCUUCGUGUGGGUACAUAUAGUUUUUUCAGCCUCUUCAAUAACAAAUGACGAGAUGUAUUUAACAUCAUUGGUAAUCUUGCAAUUUAGAAACCAGUUUCUUUGCAUGCAUUCUAUUCUAAAAAAAAAAAUAAAAAUAUCUACACAAAUGAAAAUGGGAAACUUGUACAGUGACCAGUGCUAGAAAAGAUCUUAAGGCAGUUAGCAUGUAAUCUUACAAGGCAUUUCUGUACCUUUUCUGUAGAGCUUAAUGUUCUCAAUUCAGUUUAUUGAAGGCUUUGAGUACAUGACGUACUUUGAAGGACUGGCUCUUGUAAACAGGUCUGUCACUACCUUAAAACGUGGUGACAAACAGGACUGCAUGCUGCUGCACUUAUGUAUUUAGGCAUAUGGACCAUUUAGGCAUAUGGAGAGGAAAAUGAAGAUUAUAUUAGAGUCUGUAUAUGUGUGUAUGUGUUAUUUUUAAAGUAUGGUAUGCAAUAGACUAUUACACUUUUUCUCCUGCAAUUCCUUAUAGAGAGAGUUAUUGUUCAGUCUCAUUUAUACAUAAUUUGCAUUGGUACUCCUGAUUUUAUUCACUUGAAUUGGGAAGCUGUAAAGCAUUUACUUAUGUGAUAUAAGUUAUUUAUUUAUUGCAAUAUUUUUAGCAGUGUCCUUUAGGAAUUGGUAAUGGCUGUAUUAAAUAAACUGGUGGAUUAUGUGAUCAACUUGCUUAAUUUUGAAAAAUUUGAUGGACUGGAUUUUGAGUUAUGUAUCUCAAAUCAACUUUUAUGACUUUUUUUCUGGUUUCUUAAAAUAUCUAUUUCUUUUUAUAUUUAACAAUACAGUUACGGGCAGAGAGCAAGAUGUAUUUGAAUUUAUUUUAUUAAAAAUUUUGAAUGAA